UGUAAUGGACAAUGAAUUUUCCAUUUUUUUAUUGUACGCUUUAAUUUUUCAUAUCUAUAAAUAUCAGAAAAAUGUUAAAUUUGCAGUAUAACAUAGCCAGUGAUAAAGACCACACACACAGAAGUAUAGAUACAAAUGUUAAACUAAAAAUUUGUUAAAAUUGACGUUGACUCUUUUUCUAAAUACAAUUAAAUUUCCCUCCAUACGUAUCGUAGUCCUCUGCCUAAGUCUUGCCGCCAGUAGCGCUACAAACGCUAUACCGUAAGCAUACUGCGAGUUGUAUUGUUGUAUGUCCCUGCGGACAAUUUAAAGAUGGCUGCACUUUAUACUCGUGCGUAAUAGAUGGACCGUACGAUACUCGUUUUAGUACUAUACUGAAGCUAUUUUUUGUACGCACGCGUGAAAAACGCGAUUCGUCCGGAGCAUUGAUACGAUCGAGGAGAACGACUUAUUUCUCGCAUUCGCAAGGUUAUAUUAAGCGGCGAAAAAAAUGGAGAACAGCAUUAUAAAUAAGAAAACCGUGCUUUCCAUACAACAGAAAUUGGAUAUUGUGAAGAAAUUGGAUGCUGGUGUCCCUAUAAGUGAAAUAGUUGGUGACUAUUCUGUUCAUCCUUCAACGGUUCGUCGCAUCCGGCGAAAUUGCUUAGCGUUGCACCGCCUUGGUAGCCUGGGUGCUCACGUUCGAAGAAGGAAGAGGCUGCGGAAACCGAGAAACGAAGAACUGGAAAAUCGCCUUCAUACAUGGUUUUUACAACGAAAAGCAUUGGGGGAUCCAAUCACCGAUUUAUUACUGCAGAAACAGGCGCAAGAAAUGGCUAGACAGUUCAAGGGAUCAACAGAAUUUAAGGCUAGCAUGGGGUGGCUGGCAAAAUUUAAAAACCGCCAUAACAUUCGCUUAAUCAAUAUUUUUGGUGAUAAAGGUAGCACGGAUGUAGCUGCUGCUGAAGAUUUUGCAGCAUCCUUUACUCAUAAACUAAAAGAAGAAAACAUUCGAUACGAGAAUGUGUACAAGAUAGAUGAAACUGGUUUGACAUGGAAAGCUAUACCCAUGAAACAGAAACAGUUGAAGAAAGACCGAGUAAGCUUCUGCUUGUGCUCCAAUGCAACAGGUACCCACAAACUAACACCAUUAUUCAUAUAUAAAUACAAAAAUCCAAGAGCACUGAAGAACAUGAGAAAUCAGUUGCCAGUGGUAUUUAAAACACAAAAACGUGCUUGGGUAGAUCGGACAGUAUUUAGAGAUUGGUAUGAAAAUUAUUUUAAACCAGCUGUGAGAAAACAACAAUUGGAAAGCGGUAGAAUUGGAAAAGUUUUUCUCUUGGUAAACAACUGUCAAGAUCAUAAAUUCAAUCAGUCUGAAUAUGAAGAGGACAAUUGUUUUCGGAUUGUGUGCUUUCCAUCCAAAACCACCUCUGUUUUACAACCAAAGAAUCAAGGAAUUAUAGCCAAAAUAAAAAGUUCCUUUCGUCAGAAAAUGUUGCAACGAAUUCUGUCCUACCCUGGUGGAAUACAGGAAUUUUAUCAAAAGUACAACAUAAAAGAUUGUAUUAAUUUUCUCCACGAGGCUUGGACAGAAUUGACCACGACAGAUAUCGUAAAUGCAUGGAGGAGAAUUAUCCAGACCAUGCCUCGGGUCGCGCCAACCACGGAAGAAGCUAUCGAUCCGUUGGAACCCCAAUUCGAAGAUAUGAUAAAUGCUAUAAUCGGCGAGGAACCCUCUCAAGAAAGAGUCAGUGUAUUUCUAUCGACGUGCGAUGAAGCAGAGAACAAUUUUUCCGAAGCGGAGAAUAAUUUUUAUGAAGAUGAGACGGACGAAGCGGAAGAAGAAGAUUCCGGAAGGCAUCUGUGGCAAGAGCAAGAAAAUAACAAUUUUUCAAAACCGCUCGAUGAACGAUGCUUAGAAAAGGAGGAAGAAGAAGAAGAAUAUCCACUGGAAGACACGCGAAAGAAAGAAUUGGAAGAAGCUUUCCACAUUUUAACGAAACAUGCCGAACACGAGUCCCGAUUCAUCCAACUAACGGUUGCAAAUUUACAAGAACAUUUUCUAAGAAGAAAAAAGUAACGAAUGAACGGUUUGGUAAUUGAAGAAAUUUCUGACACGAACCAAAAGCAACCGACAUUUCUAAUGUCCACCAGAUAAGUAGUCCUGGAUAUAACGAUGCGUACAUAGGGUAUAGUCGGAGACAUAGACAAACUGAGGGAGUGCAAUGAAGUACAACCCACGUAAAAACUAUGGGGGAGAAACUGGAAAACUUCCUAAAAAUAUUCCUUACAACAACACUAAACGAGAACUGUUUAAGGAAAGGAAUCCAUUGAGCUCAGAGAAAUAAGAUACAAAAUCAACAUCCCCUGGUGGGAAAAGUAGUUCGAUGUUUUGAUCUUUGAGAACAUAUGUAUGUCAGGGAAAGAAGCGGUCAAGGAGAAUUUAAAAAAAGAUUUCGUUGCUCAGAAGAGCGAUAAGGAACGUCGAUCAGAAACUUUAUAUCGAGAGGGAAAUUGUUCUAAGCGGAUCAAAGCUCUCUCUCCUGGUAGGAGUUAGUAGACUGUAAACUAUAGUAGAGAUGUAAACAUUCAUUAGUUUUCUUCUCACAAACGGACAGUAGAUACUACGCAGAACGAUUUCCCAAUUAUCGAAAUCUCGAUAGGAUAAAAAAAUUAAGAAGGCAGCGAAGAAAGCUAUAAUAAAGAAAUAACAAGAUCGAUCGUAGGGAAGAAAAAUAAUUAAACGUCACAGUUAUUCUGUAAUAAAUGCUUUAACUAAAGUUCCUAUCUUAAUCGAUGUUACUUUAUUUAAACUUUAAAAAAUUGUAUA